ACCUUCUCUGCUGCCACUGCCACAGCUUGAGGUGCCGCCCACCUUGUCCCCUCUAAUUGCCCUCUUAUGCCCCAGGAAUAAUUACUGUAGCAUUGUAGACAUCCCCGCACCCUUCCUCCGGGGACCCUGGUAGUGCAGCAACGCGCCCCCCUCCCUCCGGAGCGCACGAACGAACGAACUCCUUCCCACCUCCAAAAAAGAAGAAAAUCACACGCCCCUUUAAAAAAAAAAAAAAGCAAUCCUACCUCCUCUGGCGCUGGAGACCACCAGUGGUGCCGUUUGCUUAGCAAUGCCUGAGCCCCAUUCCCCCUGACCACCUUUGCCUGGGGCCUGGGACAGUUCGCCAAACCUGGCCGACACUCCCUGCACAGCAACCCUGGCAGGAGAGGAGAGGAAGGAGGCUUCUAGGCUCCACUACCAACCCCUCCUUUCCUCUGUUCAACCCCCGCCCCACCCCCGCAAUGCAUACACCCUCCCAGUGUGCGUUGUAAAAAUAAAAAAGAAUACACUGGUGCUGACAGCGCAGACGAAGCCAGGCCCAAAGAUGGGUGGCCCGAACAAGGCAUUUUUGCUGCCCCACAGAGCUAGGUCAGCUCCACAGUCUCCUCUGCCUUUGUCCGAGGGCAAAACGGACGGAUGUGAAGUUAGAGGGUCUUCCCUUUGAGCGACGAUCUCGCGAGAGUGGCUGACUGGCUGUGGGGGUUGCGGCGGCAGCAGGCGGAGCCGGGGAGGGAAAGCAGCGGCGGCUGAGGCGACUGAGGCGGCGGCGGGCGGAGCGGCAGGCGGCGGCAGCGCGGCGGCGGAGCGCAGCAUCAUGGCGGACCGAGACAGCGGCAGCGAGCAGGGUGGUGCGGCGCUGGGCUCGGGCGGCUCCCUGGGGCACCCGGGCUCGGGCUCGGGCUCCGGCGGGGGCGGUGGUGGCGGCGGGGGCGGCGGCGGCGGCAGUGGCGGCGGCGGCGGCGGGGCCCCGGGGGGGCUGCAGCACGAGACGCAGGAGCUGGCCUCCAAGCGGGUGGACAUCCAGAACAAGCGCUUCUACCUGGACGUGAAGCAGAACGCCAAGGGCCGCUUCCUGAAGAUCGCUGAGGUGGGCGCGGGCGGCAACAAGAGUCGCCUCACUCUCUCCAUGUCAGUGGCCGUGGAGUUCCGCGACUACCUGGGCGACUUCAUCGAGCACUACGCGCAGCUGGGCCCCAGCCAGCCGCCCGACCUGGCCCAGGCGCAGGACGAGCCGCGCCGGGCGCUCAAGAGCGAGUUCCUGGUGCGCGAGAACCGCAAGUACUACAUGGAUCUCAAGGAGAACCAGCGCGGCCGCUUCCUGCGCAUCCGCCAGACGGUCAACCGGGGGCCCGGCCUGGGCUCCACGCAGGGCCAGACCAUUGCACUGCCCGCACAGGGGCUCAUCGAGUUCCGCGACGCUCUGGCCAAGCUCAUCGACGACUACGGAGUGGAGGAGGAGCCGGCCGAGCUGCCCGAGGGCACCUCCUUGACUGUGGACAACAAGCGCUUCUUCUUUGAUGUGGGCUCCAACAAGUACGGCGUGUUUAUGCGAGUGAGCGAGGUGAAGCCCACCUACCGCAACUCCAUCACCGUGCCCUACAAGGUGUGGGCCAAGUUCGGACACACCUUCUGCAAGUACUCGGAGGAGAUGAAGAAGAUUCAAGAGAAGCAGAGGGAGAAGCGAGCUGCCUGUGAGCAGCUCCACCAGCAGCAGCAGCAGCAGCAGGAGGAGACCGCCGCUGCCACCCUGCUACUGCAGGGUGAGGAAGAAGGGGAAGAAGAUUGAUCAAACUGAAUGGAACCCCCCCCACAUGCAUACACACACACACACACACACACACACACACACACAGCGCCACACACAGAGAAAAUAUACUGUAAAGAAAGAGAGAAAAUAAAAAGUUAAAAAGUUAAAAAAAAAAAAAAAGAACUGUUAACUCCAAGGGAGCACCACCCACAGAACCUCCACCAACUGACAGUUUCUCUUCUUGACUUGCCACCCAUCGCUGGAUGUUGUCCACUUUAUCCACCAUAUAAAACAGUAAGCAGCUGCUAAAAACAAAAAACAAAAAAAAUACAAAAAGUAAUAACAUUAUAUGAACUGUGUUUCCUACUUGAUUAAAAAAUAUAAAGAACUGAGUGUUUAUUUCCCUAAUUAACCAAGAACUUUUGUACACGUUUAAGCUAUUAUUAUUAAAAGUGUUUGCAAAAUGGUCAAGAUUAUAAUAUUGCUGAAUUCUAUAAAAGUCCUUUUCAUGUUGAGCUAACAUUUGACUUUAGCACAAAAAAGAGAUAUUUUAGAACACGUAAAAUAAUAUUUUUAGUUUUUUCUCAUUUUGUUACCAAAUUUCAAACCUUACAUGGAGGUUAUUAUAGUAUAUUUGACACCCUAUAUACCUGUGAUUAGAGAUGUGUAUAUAUAUGAGGGCUAGGCAUGCUGUGUGUCUGAGCUUUGUCUAAAUGUUAUGCAGAAGUUUGUAGAGUUAAAGGUACGUAGGUUAAUUCAUGCAAGGUAAACAAUAAGUGCUCUCUUUUAUACAAUAUGCAUUGCAUCUGGACCUUAAACAUUUAAAAAUGGUCAGUGAAACUUCUGUGAACAUGAAGAAAUUAUUAAAAAAGGCAUUUAAAUGAAAUUUGCUAAGUUGUGAUUUUUACGGUUGGAACCAAAGUUAUUCAAGUAGUAAAAGAAAAAAGAGAAAGAAAGAAAAGGAAAUCUCCCAUAAUAUUUUUCUGCAUCUGUUUGCUUUGACUGAGUAGGCGUUUUGUCAUUAUUGUGUAUAUGAGAUGUACUUGUAUCGUUCAUAAUAUAUUUUUUUUAUUAUGUGUAGAAAGAUUUUAAAAACUUAACUAACGUGCAGCAAUUUCCAGUGAACCUGUACUUGGACAUCAGGUAGUGAGUCUAUUUGUGGUCACUAGCACUGUCUCCUAAACUUAUAAGAGGUCUGAAGCUAUCCUUUGAUUUUUGCCAGUGCUAUUAACUUAUGUAGACCCGUUAAAAAGCAGAGCAACACAAUUAUAGUUAUCCUACUGAGCCAUGGAUUCUGAGCUUCAUUUUAAAAGUGAAAGCCAAGUUGGUGUAUGUAAAGGAUUUCCAUGUAGCUGUGGUGCUAGUUAUUACUGGCUACAUUAUAUGCUAAGUGUAUUUGUGUUCCCCAAGUGUACAAGCCUUCUAUCAAAAGUAUGUUCUAUAACUCAUAUAUUCAAGGUGUAGGGUAUGAAAAUGCAAAGCUUAGGAGAGCACUUUACUAAGCUGGUGUCCUCCCAACUGAAAUUGUUUGUAACGAUAGUCUUUUACAGGUUUUCAUUUAAAGAUGUUCGUGUGCUUUUAAUUGACAACUAACUUCUUGCUGCUGUAUAGUAAAAUAUUAAUAUAUUUUUAUCAUUAAACUGCUGCAUGACUAUCAUCUUUGAGUGAAGAGAAAAUGUUAUAAAAAAAGAUGCCUUAAACAGUACAUUUUGGUUUGGAAUUCUGUAGAAAGUAUUUUGGUUUAAAAAAAAUGGAUCUUGUCUGACAUAAAGAGUUCUGGGGAUGGAAUUGUUUUCUUGGCAAAUCCAGCCAUAUAGAUCUAACUGCUGUAUGUAGAAGACACCACCUGUAGGAGCUGGAAGGUAUCAGUGCUUCUCACAUUGUAAAGCAUUGGCCUAGGAAGGUGAAACAGUUGUCUUUGAAGGAUUUUUUUUUUUUCUGCUGGUUCUUUGGGUUUUGAUUUGGUAUUUUUAAGCUCCCUGGUUGAGUGUGUUGUCUUUGAGAUCUACUGUAUGUGUUGAAUAACAAGCUAUUUCCAUUGUACUGUGCAUUUUCCCAUUAAAUUGUUUGCUUUUAAUAUUCAUACAAUGUUUAAUAUGAGGUGACCGUACAAUAGUUAGGAGUUUCUUUACUUACAAAAUCACUGGAAAUGAUUAAAUUGCUUUUCCCCUUCCCCCAAGUGCAUUUUUCUUAUUUCCAUAUAGUAAAGUUGAGCUUUUACAGUGCAUAAUGUGACAUUUGGAAUGCUUAUCAACUGCAUGUAAACAUUAAUAACCUGCACUUUUUUGUCUUAAGGUUUGUUGAGCUGUUUUGUUCACUGUACUUUAACUGUGAUAUGGAAAAGACUGCAUUCUCUGUGCUGUUACUAGUUAGGAAAGAGAAUUGCUUUGAUUUUGUCUCUUGUUUACUAUAGCUUUUUAAAGUUAAGCCUUGUACUACAGGUUGUUGGAGUACUCCUAGAUCAGUGUUUCAUAGUAGCCAGCAAUAAGUAGUGCAAGUCAACAAAAAACACAGCAAACUUAGGCAAAGUGUCCUUUCUUUGAGAUGCGAGUUCUUUCAUGAGGUUUUCUUUAGGGUCCGAGUUACCUAAAGUGAAGCCUUUCUUAGCUAUAGACUUCAGAUUCUGCUUGGAAUCCUACCGGAUCAAGAAGCACAUGUAUUGUGCAAUUGUCUUUACACUAUAACAGUUAAACACAAUCUUACUCAGAUUUUGAAACCAGUGUCUGAAUUAUGGUCAGUGGGUUUAAAAAGAAAUCCACAUGCAGAUCUUUUAAGACUUCUUAAGACGUGAUCAUAGAAAAGACAAAUGACUGUAAAGAUGCUCUUUUUUUGCAUCUCACUUUACCUCCCCAAGUCCCCUCCCAACCUUUCCUUCUCCCCUCUCCUGUUUCAUCCUUUUCCCACCCUUCCCCCCAGGUGCUCGGUACUUUACCAAGGUUCUAUUUCUCAGUGUUUUAUGUUGGAGUUUUUCCUUGUUUUUAUUUUACUAGUUGGUAAACCCUGUUUGUGCUGAAACAAAAAAGGAAAUGGUAUAUUUGACCAUAUGUUUUAUUCAUAGAAGACAGUAUGAUCAAAUGUGCCAAAAACAAGUAAACAAAACUUAAUUCAUGACAAGUAUGCCUUAUUUUUAAUGAUCUGCUUUGUCUUACAAUUAAGGUCCAAGAACUUGGUUAAACUGUAUUAUUUGCCUAAGUAUAAAAGAACACUUGAAAUGCAUUGCGUUCUUUAAAAUGAGAGACAUUGUCAAGUAAUUUAAUCCAGAGAUCAGCCACCAGAUUUGAAAUGCCCAUGUAAGUGUGUGUGCUUUAGUGUUGUUCGUUUUUUUGGGUUUUUUUGUUUUUUCUUUUAAGUCACCAAAUCUUUUUUUAAGCUACUUUUUAUUUGUGCCUCCUAUUUAUCAUGCUGAUGUUGGAAACAGCAGUCAUCCAGCCACAGAGGGAGCUAAAGUUAACUAACCAGAACUGUAGAAAUCAUUAUACAUGCCUUUGACAACAAAGGAAGUUCAUAAGAAAAGCCAUGUUGGCUUUUCCUCCACUAGAUACAGAUUGGAGGUAGAUGAAUAUUUGCCAAAUGGAAAAAAAGACAAUGUGAGUCAGGAAAGACAAACUUUUCCAGCUUCUCAAAAGCCAUGGAGAGUAGAAACCAAAACCAACAGGGAAAUAAAAAACCUUGAAAGUCUCACUUUCUAGUUGUCCCAUUCAGGGGUUGAAAUUUGACUCAAAGUGAAAAAUGUAUCAAUGUGUUUUUUAGGUCUUCACAUCUAGAGAUGGAUAACUAUUCCAGUUUGAUUUUUCAGGUAAUGGAGAAAGCUGCUAGUAAUUUUAACCCCUGCCUAAAGAAGAUAAUUUCAUUUGGGAGCAAAUACUUGUUGCCUUGAAAAAUAGCACUGUAAUAGCCUAUGAUAAUUAGUUAUAGAAUAACCUUUAUCCCUUUUAAACUAUGCAAAUUAUUAAAUAAGUGUAAAUUAGGACUCAAAGAUAGUUGAUUAUAUUGCAAUCAGAUGGCAUUCACAAACUUAACUGGAGCAUAUACAAAUAAAAUCUAUUAGUCUAAGAGUUUUGUAUGCUAACAGAAAAAUAUAAUUUAGCUACCUAUUCUAAAAAUGGUGAAUAUUAUUAAUAUUGUACAAUAGGACUGGGAAGACUGCCUCCUUUUUUGAAGAGAGAGAUUAAGGAUUUUUAUAAUUGUUUUUCAUCAAAUUUUAAUAUUUUUGUCAAAUUUUUAGGUAUUUAAUUUGUAAAACAGUUUGCUUUGUACUGGCAUACAGAAAAUAGGGUAUUGAUUUUAAACUUUUUGAAGCCAAGUGAUCAAGUACAUUUGUAAUAAAAGUCAAUGGAUCUA